AUGUGCAAUCAAAAUCAGAUACCAAAAAAUCUUCCAUUAAAAAAACGUCGAGCUUAUGUUAUUGAUACGCCGACAAUUGAUAUUGACAAUUCAAAUGGAGGUCACCAUGAAAAUUAUUCAACACAUCGAUCAACAACGAUCAAACAAACAGUGUCUCAAGAAGAUCCACUUCGAAUUUAUCUUCCAACAGCUGUUACAUCAACGCCACCAUCAUCACCUCAUUUAGAAUUAUUACGACAACAUUAUGCAUAUUUCAUGGCUAAUUCAACAAAUAAUCAACAUGAAAAUACAUUGUCAUCCCCAUCAUAUGAAUGUUUUAUGACACAAAAAGUUCUUACUCAACAAUUUCUUGAUAAUUAUCAAACAUUAUUGGAACAACAAUAUCAAAAUCAACCAUAUGGUUAUAAAGUAGUUGAAGAUAAACAAAAAGAAACACAUACAACAAUAGAUGAACAUUUUCGAAAAUCUCUCGGAAAUAAUUAUAAUAAAUUUACAGGUGGAUUUUUAACACCAGAGGAUUCAUCAUCAAAUAGUUCACCUACAGAACGAACACCAGUUGACUCAAUUGAAGAACAUUUUGCUCGAUCACUUGGCAAAUUUUGGCCAUUAACAGCACCAUCAAAUGAAGAUAAAACAUCAUCAACGACUGAAUCAGUUGUCGAUGAUCAUUUUGCUAAAGCUUUAGGUGCAACAACAUGGGGAAAAUUAAAAGAGAAACCAUAA